CCAGCUCAAAGCAAGACUGAAGACUAUACCUACAUCUAUGACAGUCGAAGCAUCUCCGAGAAAGAUGAAGGUGAAGAUGUUGGCCGUGUUGGCUCUGGUUCUUCUGGUCUCCAGUGCAAGUGAGGGACGGAUUCUCAGUAAAUGUGAGCUGAAGUCCCAACUCGAAGCGGCACUGGGGAGAAAUCAAGGAGGAAAUGGGCCUGCAACUGUCACUAAUGGGCCUGGAAGAGUGACUGGGCCUGGAAACGUGACUGUGCCUGGAAACGUGUCUGUGCCUGGCAAUGUAACUGUGUCUGGAAAUGUAACUGUGCCUGGAAACGUGACUGUGCCUGGCAAUGUAACUGUGCCUGGAAACGUGACUGUGCCUGGAAAUACAACUGUGCCUGGAAAUACAACUGCAAAUUCGCUCAUCGCCCAAAUCGUUUGUUCUGUGGAGCGUGUGUCGAACUUCGACACCAGCCUGGUCACCACCGUUCAAGAAGACCCCAGACCUCCAGUGAGACCCCCAGUGAGACCCCCUCUCAGACCACGACCCAAUGAAAGACCAGGGGGAAGACCUGGUCGUCCCGGAGGAAGACCUGGUCGUCCUGGCGGAAGGGGAAAGAGAUCCCAUGUUGCGGCACUCAGACGGCCAGCUGACGACAGUUCCAGUUCCGAGAGUUCCGAGAGUUCCGAGGAGAAUGUCACUGCAAGGCCUGGUCCAGCCACAAGACUGUUUGGAAUCUUCCAGUUGAGCGACCGCGUGGCCUGCGAUUCCGGAUCCGGCCAGAGUCUAAACAUCUGCAAAUUGAACUGCAGAGCUCUGACUGAUGAUAACAUCAGGGAUGACAUUGCAUGCCUUAAGACCCUGCUGGACAUCACAAGAAAUGGCAUGGUUUCAGGCUUCGCUUCUCCACCCAAUAACAAGCCACUUGUAAUUCUCUCUGUGAACGAGUGCCGCAACGUCAAUCCUGCGCAGUACUUUGCUGAGUGUCCCUGAAACAUACAGCGUUUCUUCAGACAUGAAUAUUCUGUCAAAUUUCAUCCCAAUGCAUUAUUGUAAUAGAUCCAACACGAACUGCUGAUCACAUGAAUUAGUUCUCAGACCCUUGUAUUUCACUCUUCAGUUUUGCGUUGUAAUGUAUCUGGAAAAUGUUCUCAAAAUAUCCUUGAUUAUGCUGCAUGUACUAUUGCAUAGCUCAGAAUGCAAAUAAAAAAAAUAUAUAAAAAAAUACACUUGUCUAAGUCUGUCUUCACAAUAAAAACAUCAACAAAUCGGUGUUUGCAUGAGUGAAAGUUAGAAGCGUGUUCAUUUAUGUCUAUCUAUUACA